UGGCUCUAGUAGCAGCAAAGUGAUUUUUAGUUUUAGUUGAAAAAUGUAAAUCAGUGAUAAACACAUGAAUAUUUUUAUUGUUUUUUCUUAAAAUAAUUGGCAGUGAUUUUAAAAAAUGUCCAGCGAUAUCAAGCAAUCGCUCAAGGAUGCAAACAGUGCAUUUAGAAAUAAGGAAAAUGACAAAGCAAUCAGAAUAUGCAAGGAAGUUAUCAAAAAGGAUCCUGGGAAUUACAUGGCCCAUGUCUUAAUGGGAGCAAUCUACCAGAAUUCAUCAAAAGCCGAAGCUGAAAAAUACUUACGGAAAGCCUUGACACUUUCCAAGGAACCCAUAUCUGCCCUACAAGGAUUAGCAACUUGCGUAGCUCCGGAACAUUGUCCGGAAAUAUACAGGAAACUCCUGGAAUUGACUCCAAACAAAUUCGAGGAACUUCAUUCCAAGUUACUGAGAACUUCAACGGAGAUUUCAGACAUAAGUACCCUGGUUAGGAUUUAUGAAAAAGAAUUAUCUCUGGCACCUAAUGGGGACAAUGCAAAGAGGAUAGAAUCUGCUUAUUUGCAUUUGUCUGAGUUGCUUCUAAAGCAGAAGGAGGUUGAUGAAAAGUUUUCGAAUAUUUUUUGCGACAGUCUGAUGCAUACUUUGCACAUGAAGGAUGUGUAUCAGCAAGAGCGGUACAAAAAGUAUUUAAGAUUGUUGAAUGAUAUGGGUCAAAGAGAUCUAUUGAUAGAAAAGGCCAUUGAGAUGCAUGAUUUAUUCAAAAACGACAAUUACCCUCUUGAAUGGAUCUGUAAAAUUUAUGUUGAGUCCUUUGACGCAGCAUAUUGCCUUCCGUCAGGUAUCACUGAUAAAAUAUCGUACUACAUUGAAAGUUUGUUGGAAAAGUAUCCAACAUCGUCAAUUGGAUUGCUCUCAAAGGGUCUUAAUUUGCUCAAUGAAGGAAUGGUGAUUGAAGCCAGAGAAGUUGUUGAUUGUGUGAUUAAGGAAACGCCCAAUUGGGCUACUGCCCUUAAGAUUAUGGCAAAAAUUCAUUUUAAAACGGAAGCAUAUGACCUUGCUUCUAACAUUUGGGAGCAUCUCAAUGUGAGGAAUGUUGACUUAGCUUCAUGCUACGUUGAGCAAGAAUAUCAGCUUGAUAAUGCUGUAAAAAUCUGUAAAACGAUUUUGAAGGAAAAAGCAGAUGACCCUGCAGGAUAUGUUCUUUUGGGAAAAGCUCAAAUACUUCAAAAGUCUAAGGAAGUAGAAGAGACGAUGAAUCUCUUGGAAAAAUUAGGAUAUACUUCUGAAGUCAAUUACUUGAAGGCUUUUAGUACAGUCAGAGAUGAUAAGAAUUACGAAGAAGCUUUUGGGUUAAUAGAAAAACAAACUUCGAAAGCUCUUGAUACCUUGUUGUUGAAAGGGGAAAUACUGUAUCAUCUUGAGAAAACGAAUGCUUCCCUUCUUUGCUUUAAAGAAGCAAACGAGUUAUAUCCCUGCUCUUCAAGAUCAUUCUUUUGGCUCUCCAGAGCUUAUAAAGCAAUGGACGAUGAUACUGCUGAAGUUACAGCUCUAGAACGUUGCAUUGUUCUCAAUCCUAUUCACAAGGAAGCUCUUUUGAGACUUUGCGCAAUUUACAGGGCUGAAGGGAGAAGUGACAAAGUGGAAGAACUUCUUCUGCAAGGUGUCAGUCAUGUUAAGGAUUCAAAUAUGAAAUGGAUGUGGUUACAAUUGGGAUUGCAUUACAUUUCCGUGGAUAAAAAUGACAAUGCCAUCAAUACUUUUCGUACUCUUCUCAGAUUUGAUAAGAGGGAUUUUUUGGGUUGGGAAUGCCUUGCAGAUGCUUAUUUCAAUAAUGGAUCAUACAGCUCUGCCUUGAAGAUUUACCAGAGAAUUGUCGAAGAGACAGAAGAUAAUGUUUACUGCAAGUACCAAGUGGCCAAUAUCAAGACGAUUUUAGGUCAAUAUACUGAGGCAAUAGGUUGUUUCAAGGUGAUUUUGGAUUAUCACCCAAUGUAUGUUCCAGCAUUGAAGGGAAUUGCAGAAGCACAUUUCUCACUUGGGAAUGUUUUAAUGAGACAGCGUAGAUUAGGAUCUAUGCGAGAUCAGCUGCAGAAAGCUGCCUUUUAUGCAACACGUGCAUGUGAAUUGAAAUCUGUGUGUUGCCAUUGGGCUCUUUUGGGCAAUAUUUUGCUCAGGGUGGCCAAUCUGCCCAGAAAUUUGGCCUCUAUUGAUGUUAGGAGUUACUUGUAUUCACCUGAUAACACUGAUGAUGUUAUUUGUGUGAAUGGUGAUGAGAUCUUUGAGGUGUCAAGCAGGUGUUUCUUGCGGGCACUCAAAGAGAAUGCCGAAGAUGGGCUAUUGUGGUACAAUCUUGCUGUAUGUCUGUAUUUGAGAGGAUGCAGAAUAUCUGAUAAGAUGCUGAAGCAAGAGUAUCUUCGCAAAGCAAUGUUGUAUGUGAAACAAUCUAUUGCACUAAAGUCCAAUCGUUGGCAGAAUUGGAAUAUGCUUGGUGCAAUAUCUGUGAAAUUGGGCAAUGUGUGUCAAGCGUUGCAUUGUUUUGUAAAGGCAUUGCGUCUCAACAAGACAUCAGCAAUGGCUUGGUGCAAUUUGGGACUGAUGUACCUCAAUGAAGGUGAAAAGUGGCUAAAGUAUCACGUUGAUGAUGGUGAAAGUCAAGAAGCUGUGCUCGAAGAACUGAGAAAUUUGUCUAUUGUUGCCCUUCGAUCGGCUAAUAAGGCUUUUGGUCGAUCUCAGCAGUCCAAUCAUGAGUACCUCAAUGCUUGGAUUGGUCAGGCCAUUACGGCUGAGAGAUUGGAGAAGAUGGAAUCAGCAAUGGAUUUAUUCAGGCAUUGCACUCAGCUGGAAUAUCACGUUGAAGCUGCAAUGGGAUAUUCCCGUUUUGUCUGCUCCCUUGUCAAUGAUCCUGAGAAACUCAAAGAAGGGAGAUACCAAUACUACAUCCAGAGCAUGUUUGCUCUGCCACGAGCUCAUGAUUCAAUCACAUGGUCCAUUGCGGAUCAAGGCGAAAAUGCAAGUGCAGUUGCACUUUGCCUCCAGGGAUGCCUAUCCUACAAAUCCAAACUCUACCAUGCAGCUUCAGAAGCCUUCGAAAAAGCCCUUAAAAUUGCAAAGACACCUCAUGACAGCGAUUUAAUAGCCUGCAACUUGGGUUAUUGCAAAAUAAAACAGAAUAAAUUCAAUGAAGCUAUUGAUGCUUUUGAGAAAGUCCAGAAAACAACAUUUAGAUCAUUUUUUGGAUUAGCUUUCUCAUACUACAAAGAAGAACAAUUUGAGAAAUCAUACGCAGUGUAUGAAAAUCUUUUGCAAUUGGAGACAUUGAGUGCUUUGGAACAGGGUACAAUUCUCAUAGCGAUGUCUUCAAUGAUUUAUGUCCGUCACAAUGAAGAUGACACAAAAUAUGUGCUGUAUCAAUUUCUCAAGCUACCAAACCCUCCAAUUGAGGGAUUUUACAGUGCAUGUGCCUUGGGAAUUAUUCAUAAAGAUAACGAACUGGCUCAAUUGGUGAUACAAGAGCUCAAUAAGGAGGAGAUGAGUGAAAAUAGUUGUCAUCAUAUUGCUUUUCUCUCCUCCCAAUAUUACUUAUUAAUGCAUGGAAAGGAUGUUGCAAUGAAAUAUUUACUGGUACUCCUCCACAAAUAUCCACAUCGAGCUAAAUUACGGAAUGUCUUGGCAGUAUUCCUUUUGGAGAACUACUACGACUCACCGAAACAUCUUCAAUUUGCUAGUCGACUAGCUCAGAGUGUUUUGGUUAUUCAAUUUGGCCAAAUAGAUAGCAAUUGUCCACCAGACACUUGUGCCAAAUGCCUGAUGGUAUCAUAUAAAGCAUUGCACUUGCUGAAGGAUGAUACACAAAAGCUUCAACUACAGAAAGCUAUUCAUUUGAAUCCGGCGUGCAGAGAGAAUUGGAAUUUGUUAAGUUCAUUGGUAAACUCUGCGUAAAAUGGUGAAGUAGGAAUAUGAUACAUUGGCCAAGGAUUGAAACAUUUGCAAUGUAACUGGAUAGAUGUUUCCGGCAACAAUUUGAAGAGGACGUGAAGACCUUAUCAUGACGAUGAGGAGAAGUUUCUUGCACUUUUCGUUCAUGUUGUACCAUGGCAUGUCAUAAAGUGCUUCUCUGACUUUAAGACUCUGAAAUUAUGAAUUUAAUUUAUGUUAAUAAAUUUAUGGAAGUGAGAUAAAUAAAAUAAUGUCGCUCUUA